AUGUUGUUUGUAAAUGAGUCUUGUGAAUGUAAGGAGCAACUUAAUUUACUUAUUGAAGGAUUUUGGGUUCGGGAAUUUGUACUAGUUUUUGCAAAGAACCAUGAAAAACUCCAGCAGAGUUUCAAAUACUUUAUAAAAGAGAAGUUUACAAGAAUUUUUGGAAUAAUCGAAUCUAAUAGUUUGUAUGCUUGCUUUCCCUACGCAAACAACUUGGUGCAAAAAGUACCAGCUAAACCACCAAUUCCACAUGCUCUCAAAAAUUUAAACAGAUUUCCCAUUCGCACUGCAUUUAUUCGGGAGUUUCCAAGGGUUUAUGGAUAUGAAAAAAAUGGCAAGGAAUACGUUGGAGGUUAUGUCGCUAAAUUCUUUGGUGAAUUUGUACGUCGACGUAACGCCACUGCCGUUCGAGUAAAAAUCAAAAAUUUGCAAAACCAGUUUGUAGCUGCUAUUACUAACGCAACUCUAAACGGCGAAGUAGAUAUCAGCAUGUACUCCUAUGAUACCAUGAAAGGCUUGCAAUUGAGUUAUCCCUUUGAAAUUCUAAACUGGAUCAUUUUGACACCAUUGAACGGACACAUUGAUCCGAAUGAGUACUUUUUGAGACCGUUUUCGUCAACUGUGUGGUUUUUAACGGUGAUAGCUUUUAUCUACAUUGUUGGAAUGAAUGUGCUCAAGAAUAUUUGUUGCGAUAGACCUGCUGAAAUUUGGCGAUCCUUUUGUCUCAUAUAUAUACGAAUGUUAAGCUUUCCAAUUCCAGCACCGGAUACCCACGAAUAUCGAUUACAAAUCCAAGUACUUAUAUUUGCAUUUGUCUUGGGAAACAUUUAUUUGGCAUUUCUGACAUCAUUUCUGACAGUUUAUAUAAAAGUCCAUCAAUUUCAGUCAAUUGAAGAUUUGAUUGAACACAAUUUUCCUGUUCUAAUGGUCAACUACGAAUGGGAAAGAGUAUCAGCACCUGGAGAUCAUCCAAUUAAUUUGGAAAGAGUUGCUAAAAUUGUUGAUCAUUCUUACUUCACCAUGGAAGCAUAUACAUUUGGUAAUAAAAGUCGUGCAUUAGCUAUUGGAUCGGAUAAGGCAAAUUUCUUGAUUGAAUAUGAAAAAUCCAAAUCAAUGCAUAUUGUUCGAGGAAGUUUGGAAAAUUUCUUUUUGGGAUUACUAAUGAUGUAA